AUGCCGCCCGCCAAGCCCAAAGGACAUAAAAACCUUGAGCCAAUGGCUCAGAAGACUCCGGUUAACCGUCGUCGUACUAGUCUUCCAACUCGGGAGGAUAGUGUCGGCGAGGAGAGCUUUGAUGAGAGCAAUUACUCUGAAGAUGACGAUGAUGAUGAUGAUGAUGGAGAAAGCGUCUCUGGCCCCUCUUCGUCGGAAGUGCACUCCAAAUCAGACACCACCGCCACCAAUACCUUCAAACGCUCUAUUGUGUCACAGCGUCGAUACAUCCCUGACUUUGACAGUCUACCAAACACCGGGGUUUGGAUCUCUCCUGCUCCUAGUAGACAUACCGAGUUUAAGCAAGUUGUUGUACGCACCACCAAGUGCGACAUUUGCAAUCAAAAGGUUGAGGCCCAGGACAAAGAGGAAGACGGAAAGGUCAUGCAACGAUGUCGUUGCUGCAAUAUUCAAUUUUGUCAGGAUUGUGUGCUUAGAGUGUCUGACGAUAAGAUACAUUUUCCUGUUCUCGCAGAGUUGGAAUGGGAAGCCAAAACAAAGGUUAAUGCUAUGACUCGGGGGCAUAAUGGUUUUAGAGACCAUAUGUUCCACAAGCCGCGAUCUGAACCAAAGCCAGUCAGACCCAUGACGGCAUCUGAGAGAUUGGCUAACUCGAGGGCUAUCGCUUCAGGCAAAUUCAGCAACAUGGCUGUUAACACCCCCACCCCCUUACGUCCAUCGCGAGCCAAGACCAACAAAGCUGCUGCAAAGAAAUCCAAGAAGCGCCAGCUUCCUCCCGGCUACGCAGCUGAGGAGGGUGAUACUCAUUAUGAGUUGGACUGGGACUGGAUUCAGAAGCUUCCUAUAGAGGAGCAGCGUAAGGAGAGAAAGGAGGCCGCUCAGCGGAAUCUUUUGAGAAAACCUACUCUCGAGACAAUGGAGGAUACCGGCACCGACGAGGCUGAACUCGAGCCACCUUUAAAGACUCGAACUCCACUUCCAAAUGUACCAAAGCGUCGUAAGGUUGCAACUCGCCGUCGCAACGGUAAAUCCACCAAAACAGUCUCCGCCACUAGUGAUGUUGAGACUCCCCGCAUCCAACCACCACGCAACACUCUUGAUAGCCUAGCUCAGACCGGUCAAGUUACCUGUGAGAAUCGUCAGGACAUGAGCGAGCGAUCGGAUGAAAAUGAGCGUGGCAUGACACCCAAUCACGACGACUUCGACAACGAAGAUUGCAUCCGAGUUGAAGCCAAUGAGGCUGAGGAGGACGAGUAUGAGCCCGAAGACAACUGA